AUGUCGUGCGCCUACGACACGGAUACGCUCACUUCGGCCAAGCACAACCGGGCUGCUAGCGAGAAGUUUUACAAGCAGGUUAUGCCAUCUCGCACGGUGAUCCUCAACCACGAUCUGCCGCAGAUGCUUCAUCGUAGCCCCUCCGGGGCUAAACGGAAAAUUCGGCAGCGGGCAGAGGAGCGCGUUUCGCGUCCUUCACCAUUCCUGCAGAAUAGCCGUCAAGAAGUUGUAGACGAAAUGCCGGCCCAACCACCUCCACCACCUGCACAUCAGAAGCAGCAAGCCUCCUACUCAUCGGGCUAUUCCUCCAACCAUUCCUUGGGACCCGCUCCCUCAUUGAGUUUUGAACGCCAAUCGGCGAAUUCCUACAGCUCGACCUACUCCUCGCAAUCCUCCUCAUAUUCCUCUUCCCCCUCCCCAGCACCGUCUCAAUCCGACGAUGUCCCCACCAAAUUCGGUAGUCGUAUCAUCGACAGCGGCGCCUAUAAAUCAAUCCUUCCCGACCUACAACCGGAUCCGAUGUCGCGCUACACCGCACCGGUCGAACCCAAACCUGCCCAACGGUCAUCGAGUUCUCUAUAUUCUCGACCAUCGCUAAACUUGCCGCUGGACCGGCAAAACAACCACAGCCAAAUUCACUACGCCUCACCGGUUCGUACCGGACCCGAAUCUCCAGUCAUUUCGCCUAAUAUCAAGCCCACCGUUGCCGUACACCCCAUUCCCAGUGAUGAACGUUCCCAUCGUGAAAGCAGCUAUAAACGGGAAAAGCCCGCCGUGCCCGCGAAGCCGAAAGGGCUGAAACUGAAUAAUGAAAUGAGGUCCACAUCCCUAUCAUCAAUGAUCUCCAGCGUAACGAGUUGCCUGAACGAUGAAGAGUUUUUCCGGACACCAGCCGAUCGAUCUCUGGAUGACAGCUAUGAAAAAGUGCCAAUGCCGAAUAAGCGCAAUGAGGCCAUUGUCGUCGUUGACAGCCGUAUUCGUCAACUUGAAGCCGAACACGGUGCUGUUGAGGAAGAAAUUGUAGCGAAUGAAGAAACGGCAGAAAUGAUUAUCCUCCAGAUCGAAGGGGUCGACCCGAAUUUGGCUGAUAAGCUCCGAUCUCACGCCGACCAAACGGAGAAGCUCUUCGAACUAGCGGCCACAUUCCAAUCGAAGAAGCUGUCAUUGGCGAAGGAAUUGUCCAGCAAUCCCUCGGAGAAAAGCCUGAAAUCCCUUGCACAACAGAAGGCAUGGGCUGAGGAUCGCCUUGUGAAUGUGUCUGGGUUGAUCGAAAUCAACAAUCGACGAGAAAAAGAGCUCGAUCAAUCUGUCUGUGAACUGCUCGACAAAGAAUCCCAACAGCUCUGGAUGGCAUAUCGCGACAAUAGACGGAAAAUAAACGAGGAGCGUUUUAUCAUCAAAGAACAAAUCAACGAGGGAAAAUCAAAACUUCGGGCGCUACAGGGUGUUCAGAACCAUAUGCGCUGGCUGCUGUGUAUCGGAUUUUGUCUGGCGGUCGCUGCGGGUUAUUUAUUGAACGAUAGCCCGUUGGAGCUGGGGCUAACGGAUGAUGAGCUCUACCAAUUGGCUGUAAAUCCUAGCAAGGAUGCCGACUUUCGUGAUUGUGAUCCAAAGGAUUUGGCUAUUGCACAGGCCGGUUUCAACAUGAAACUCGGAUUCCCCACUACCUUAACUUACCUGAACGCCUCGACCCUCUGGUAUAUGGUCGGCCAAUACAUCAAAGACACGGAUACUAUGGUUAAGGUUUGCACUGCCCGUCAAAUGUAUUACGAUACCUUGAGAACCGAAUACUCAUCGUGUCUAGACAUCAGUUUUCUGAUUGCGGCCGGAGGAGCUCCAUUGCAAACUGGCGUACUUUACAUCCAUAUGAUGCGCCACUUGGAGUUCAUGUGUGGAGGAGGAUUUGACGUAUACACCCGCAAUAUGGCCUGCUUCCUGAAGAACGAGCAAAACCCGACCGUUACCCCGUGCUUCCAAGCUUUCAACGCAUCCAUCCAUCAGGACUACAGGAAUUUGUGCCCUGCUGUUGGUACGAUGAUGGAUUGUGUGAACACCGGAUAUACCAGCCUAUGUGGCAAUUGGGCCGGAUGGACGAUGUGCGAGUACGAGCGCGUUGGAUAUGCCCUCGGAUGUCAGGGACUUCGCUGCACGUUGAGUAUU